GCUGUUUUUAAUACAGUAGGUACUUAUAGGUACGUAAUGUGUUGUUUUAGUUCAAGUGCUAAUUUCAGCAGGAAAGUGUAUUGAACAUUUGAAGUAAGAAUAAAGAAUAUCGAAAUGGGAUCGUCAAUUUCUAAGUCGUCAUCAGUUUUGGAAUCAUCGACUUCAGGCAUGACGUCAUCAGUCAACGAUUUUGGAAUAAAAGUGGAAGCGAUAGCAGAUCGCGCAUUUCUUCUGGGCGAAGGCCCUCAUUGGGACGAACGUGUGCAAGCUCUGUACUUCGUCAGUAUUAAUGAGAAUACUGUACAUAAAUAUGAUCCGGCUACGGAGAGCCUUACCAGCGCUACUCUGGAGGGCCGCCCAGGCUUCAUAGUACCCCUCGAAGACCACUUGGACCACUUCAUAGUGGGCUUGGAGCGCGACUUCGUAGUUAUCCAGUGGGACGGCGUCGGCACUGCGAGGGUCGUGAGGAAACUGGGGGAGGUGGACCAGCAGUCUCCUAGGAACAGGCUGAAUGAUGGCAAAGCGGAUCCUAGGGGGCGUAUUUAUGCAGGCACAAUGGGCCACCAAGACGAGAAAUUUAACUUGGACAUGAAUGCAGGCUCUUUAUUCCGCUUGGACUCGCACGGCCUCGCCCCGCUCUGCGACAAGAUUUCCAUCUCCAACGGCCUCGCCUGGGACCUGGAAUCUAAGGCCAUGUAUUAUAUAGACUCGCCAGAAAGGAAGAUAAGAAGAUACGACUAUGAUGUUGAGACUGGGGACAUUUCCAAUCUCCAGUACAUCUUCGACUUCGAGACAAACAAAUUGGAAGGAAAUCCGGACGGCUGCACCAUCGACGCAAACGGCAACCUGUGGGUGGCGGUGUUCGGCGGCGGCUGCGUCCUGCACAUAUCCCCUAACGGCGAAUUAAUUAAACGAGUGGAGGUUCCCGCUAAACAGGUCACCUCCUGUACCUUUGGAGGCGCCAAACUCGACACACUCUACGUAACCACGGCGCGCCUCAAUAUCUCCGAAGAACAGAAACAUCCGAGUGGGUGCACUUUCAAAAUAACUGGGCUUGGAGUGACGGGUCUACCUAACAACAGGUUCAAUGAUACACUAUAAAGUUCUCAAGGAUAUCAUUUAUUAGCGAUUAAACCAUCGACUGCAUCCAGGACUUCGAUACACUUUAGUUUAAACUUGACACACUUUACGUAACCACGGCGCGUCUCAACUCAACAUCGACGAAGAACAGAAACAUCCCGGCGGGUACACUCUCAAGAUAACUGGGCUCGGAGUGAUGGGUCUACCUAUCGACAUCAGGUUCAAUGAUACACUAUGUGGUUGUCUAGGAUAUCGCUUAUUAGUAAUAAAUCCAUCGAUUUUGCCCAAAACCUCGACACAUUAGUUAACACUUGACACACUUUAGUUGACUCGACACACUGACUCAUGAAUUCUAUGUCUCAGAUUAAUUUUUGACAUAAUUAAAUGCAUCUUGAAAAGUGAAAAUUAGGCACCUAUACGUACAUAUUAUAUAUUUUUAUUUUAUUAAAAAUGACAUAGUCAGCU